AUGGACUUCACCUCGACAGGAGGAGACGCGGCGAUGCAGUACGUGCGUGCCUUCUCCAGCACCGACGACUUUUUGCUCACCGGCCUCGUCAUCACCCAGCAGGUGGGUGAGAACCCGUGGCACCACUGCCCGUCGCCCCAGUUUGUGGUGACGCUGGACGGCUCGUUGUACAUCAGAACGUCCGAUGGAGAGGUCACCACCUUCUCCAAGGGGGAUGGCGGGCCCUGCAACCAGCUCGUACUGGGCGUGGCGCCAAAGGUGUUCCCUGCAGCCGGGCCGGGCGCGUGCGACGAUAGCGAUGGAACAUGGGAUCGGCAGCUCUAG